AUGGCCGCCCAAUCCAAACUCCUCCCGCCCCUCCCCUCUGACCGCUCCCUCGGCAAGCUGCUCUCGUACGCAACCUCCGUUUACGCCAAGCACCGCACCAACAUCUCGCGCGCAGUCUACCUCACCCUCUUCAUCGCGCUCAUCAACCGCAUCCGCGCCGCCAUCAGCGAGCAGAAGGCCGCCGUCCCUCCACCCCCACCCGAUGCCGCCGGGGGCAAGCGCAAGAAGGUAGAGCUGAACAAGGAGUUCUUUCAGAAUCUCUUCAGGCUGCUGAGGAUUGUGAUUCCCGGUGUGAGGAGUAAGGAGAUGAGGUUGUUGAUAAGCCAUACGGUGUUUUUGGUGGUCAGGACGCUGGUGAGUUUGUAUGUGGCGGAGCUGGAUGGUAGGUUGGUUAGUGCGUUGGUGAGGGGGAAGGGGAAGGACUUUUUGAUGGGGAUUCUGUGGUGGAUGGUGGUGGCGGUGCCGGCGACGUUUACGAACUCGAUGCUAUCGUAUCACCAGAGUAAGCUGGCGCUGCAGUACCGGAAGCGUCUAACGACACACAUCCACGAGAAGUAUCUCUCGGACAUGACCUUCUACACGCUCGGCAAUCUCGACGACCGUAUCAAGAACGCCGACCAGCUCAUCACCGUCGAUGUCGCAAAGUUCUCAAACUCGCUCGCCGAGCUCUACUCCAACCUGGCAAAGCCCGUGCUGGACAUGGUCAUCUACAACUACCAGCUGUCGCGCAACGUCGGUGGUGAAGGGCUCUUUGCAAUGGCGCUGCUGGUCCAGGUCUCGGCGAAUGUGAUGCGCGUGCUGACGCCGCCGUUUGGCAGGUUUGUGGCAGAUGAGGCACGCUUGGAAGGAGAGUUUCGGUUUAGCCAUAGCAGGCUGAUUGAGAACGCGGAGGAGGUCGCGCUGUAUGCAGGCCAUGAGAGCGAGAAAACGACGCUGGAUAAGGGAUACUUCACACUCAUAAAGCAUGUCAACCAUAUCCUCAGGAGGCGCCUGUAUCAUGGCAUGAUGGAGGACUUUGUGAUAAAGUACUUCUGGGGCGCCCUCGGGCUGUGUCUGUGCUCGGUGCCCGUGUUUUUUAAGAUCCCCGGGGCGGGCACGUCGCUGGGUGAUCGGACGGAGAGCUUCGUGACGAAUCGCCGCCUCCUCCUCAGCUCCUCCGACGCCUUUGGCCGUGUCAUGUUCUCCUACAAGGAGAUCACUGAGCUGGCGGGCUACACAUCCCGCGUCUCCACCCUGCUCAACGUCAUGUCCGACAUCCAUGCCGGCCACUUCGAGAAGAAUCUCGUCAGCUCCGCCUCCACCGCCGAAAACGCCGAGGUCCUCCGUGGCCGUGGAGAGGUCAUCCAGGGCUCCUCCAUCGAGUUCACAAACGUCCCCAUCGUCUCGCCCAACGGCGACGUGCUCAUCAAGUCCCUCACCUUCACAGUCCACCCCGACGAACACCUCCUAAUUGUCGGACCCAACGGAUGUGGGAAGUCCUCCCUCUUCCGCAUCAUGGGCGGCCUAUGGCCCGUGUACGGCGGCGUGGUCACGAAGCCACCAAGCGAGGACAUCUUCUACAUCCCGCAGCGGCCGUACCUGUCCCGCGGGACGCUACGGCAGCAGAUCAUCUACCCAGAUAGCCACGCAGAGCAACUCCGCCGCGGCGUGAGCGACGAGGAGCUGUUUGCUAUCCUGGAGAUUGUGGAGAUUGAGAGCCUGGUUGAAAAGGAAGGGGGAUGGGGCGCGGAGAAGGAGUGGCGCGAGGUAUGGAGUGGCGGGAUUCAGCAGCGGGUUGCCAUGGCGAGGCUGUUUUAUCAUGCGCCGCGAUAUGCGAUCUUGGAUGAGUGUACGAGUAGCCAGGACCUCGACACGGAGAGGAUCAUGUAUGAGACGGCGAAGCAGCUAGGGAUUACGUUAAUUACGGUGAGUCACAGGAGGAGUCUGUGGAAAUAUCAUACGAAUAUUUUGCAGUUUGAUGGGGCGGGCGGGUAUGUGUUUACGAAGCUGGAUGCAGAGAAGAGAUUGAAGUUAGAGGAUGAGAAGGAAGAGAUUGAGCUACAGCUCCGCGCCGUCCCGGAGAUUGAAAGGAGGAUUGAAGAGCUGGAGGCCGUCAUGGCCGAGCGGUCGUAA